GUGUACUUCAUUGAAUCAGCAAUGAUAUAUGACAUCCUUACAGAGCUGGAGUUAGAGUCAGAAGAGGGAGCUUCAGCAGGCUCCAGCGUUGAAUCAGUCCGUAAGAAUAUUUCACUCAAACUGAAAGGAAAAACCAAAGCCAGGAGAUCCGAUCCCAAGCCCAAGCCUGUCCAGCACCCUCCUCCUGCCCUUGAGCCAGUAGGUGGACAGAGUGACCAGUUGAUGUCCCCUACUGGCCAUGGAAGUGAAGGAGAGCCUGACUCACCAUUUGAGCAGAAAACAAGGUGGAAUCACAAGGUCAACUUAAUUGGGGAGAAAGUGGUUGACCCAUUGAUUCACUGUUGUGAUAAAUGUGAUCUUCCUAUUCUCAUAUAUGGAAGAAUGAUUCCUUGUAAGCAUGUGUUUUGCUUUGAUUGUGCAAAAAAGACAGACAAGAACUGUGCACGAUGUGAUGACCCUGUCCAGCGUAUAGAACAGUCAGCUUUAGGAUCAGUAUUUGUCUGUACAUUUGGCGGAACUAAACAUGGAGUAUCAGGUUGCCGACGCACCUAUUUAUCCCAGAGAGACCUCCAGGCACAUGUCAAUCAUCGCCAUCUUCGAGAGGGACAGCAGCCAUCCCCCCACCAGGCUCCCCCCGUACAGGAGUACAGGCCCCAAGCAGAGACGAUGCACGUCCCUCAAGCACCGCAACAUGUGGUCUAUCACCAGCAGCCUCCCCCCGAGGACAUGCACCGUCACCACAGUGGGGCACACCAGCCGCAGCCACACCCACAGGGCCCCCCUCCCCAGGCCCAUCUCCCCCCACAACAGCACUUGCCCCAUGGCAGACCUCCCCCUGUGAGCUCCCCAUUGGAGUACAAGCCACAUCACAACACCUCGAGGACUAAUCUAAUCACUGUGCAGAUCCAAGACGAGGGUCGGGAUAAGAGUAGGGGGCAUUACGAACACAGCACAACAAACUUUCCCCCUCAGGGCCACACCCCUUCUAACUAUCCACCCCCUGGGCACCAACCCCAGCCCUAUUAUGCUCCCCCUCACCACGGGCCUCCCCCCUCUACUGGACCCCCUCAGCGCACCCCCAUGAGCCAGCCCCCACAGAUGUCACAACCACCCCCCAUGUACACAACCAGCCACCCUGGGAUGGCAGGGGGACCACCCCCACGACACGGACCACCCCCUCAGAGGUACCCUAGCCCACAUCCCCAGUAUGAGGAGGGGCCCAUGACACCUCCUUGGAAUCCUCCCCCACACUCGAGGGGUCCUCCCCCUCCUAGGGCAGGGGGUCCUCCUCAUCAGCCCUACUACCAGUAGUGUUAUAACAGGUUCAAAACUUCAGUUAAUCUGAAAGCAUGUUUUAUUGGUGAGAUGUGUUUCAUUAAAGACUCACAAUUGAAAUUUGCCUUUCAGAGGUAUUCUCAGAUUAGUGGGAAAAGUUUUUAAUGUAUGGAUUUUAAACUUUGAGCAGUUUACAGAAGGUGCACAGAAUGGUUAAACCUUGGAUUAUGGAGAGAUUGGCUGGUUUAUUAUUUUUUUUUUUCUCAGUGAAAAUAAUUUUUUUGUGAAAGAUAUUUACAGAUCAAGAGAGACGCUUAUGGCAACCCUUUUCGGAUUUCUUACCAUGUGAAAAUUUGCUGAGAGAAGUGCAGUAUUUUUUUCAUACCUUUAUACCACCCAAGCCUUCUUACCAUGUGAAAAUUUGCUGAGAGAAGUGCAGUAUUUUUUUCAUACCUUUAUACCUCCCAAGCCAAAUCUUGGAUUAAUAAUUUAUUUAUAUUAUAAUAGCUGUGCGGACAGGUCUUUUGAUAUUUUUGUAAAAGACGUGAACUGCAUUCCAUCACAUUUUUGUUAUCACCAAAAAGUUUAGGUUUUGUAUUCUUGCCAAACAAGCAGGAUAUGAAGAGUGUUCAUGUAUGAUUAGGUCAAAAUGCAAUUUGUUAUUUCAAAUACAGUAGCCUCUUCAUAACAAGUCGUCUAUAAAAUGGAUUUUUUUAUAUCUGAGUUUGUGAACAUCACCUUGGUCAAAGUUUUGUGUAACUUGAAAAAAGUUUUUGUUCCAAAGUGGCCAAGACAUGUAGUCUGCUGUAAACGCAAAUUUCAUAGACCAAAAAAUAUGUUCUAACAGGCCAUUUAAAUAAACCUGCAGAUGUUAGCUGAUUUAUUCUUAUUUCUACAUUUUGUAGUUCAGUGUUGUCUAUACUGUGGUAUGGUUAAGAUUUUCAUUAAAAAUAUAAUUAAAAGAUUGAUAUAAAUUAAGAGUCAUUUUUCUGAAAGUCACUUACUGAUUGUAAGUACUCGUCACUAAGCAACUUUCUAACUUGAAAUUUUAAAUUUAUGUUGAACAACUUUGAAGUAGUAGGUCUGUUCUUAGUUUUAACUAAGAAUAAAAAAAUAGCAUUCUUUAUGUAAACCAAAUAAAUUUUAUGAUACCAAAGACUGAGUUACAUGAAGUGGUUAAUAAAUUCGACGAUUGAUGAUAUUCUCUGCCAGAGUACAUCUAUGUGAUAACGU